AUGCUAUCGUCUCAGUCCAACCGGCAAAGGGCUUUUACCAAGCGGUCUCGCACUGGAUGUCGGACAUGUCGUGUUCGACAUGUCAAGUGCGACGAGGCCCCGGGUGGAUGUCGUAACUGCAAGGCCAAUGGAUGGACCUGCGGGGGGUACGAACAGAACAGACUGCCACCUCGCGCUCAGAUAUACGCAUCAUCGUCGUCGUCGUCGUCAACGCCAUCUGCCCCUCUGGUAACCGGGUUCUGCUGGGCGAUAACCACCGACGAGAAGCGAUGCGUCUCGUUCUUCCUCCAUCACACUAUUUCAAGCCUCACGAGCUACUAUGACUCGUCGCUGUGGAAUAAGCUGGUCCUCCAGAUGUGCUGCGAAGACUCCGCUGUUUUCCAUGCCGUCGUUGCCCUAAGUGCCGUCAAUCAGGACCUUGCGAAACAGGGUUCAUCGUCAGGCGCUGUUGCUAUCAGCUCAUGGCGCCGAUAUGCCUUGGAACAGUCCAUGAGAUCGUUUGCGCUGCUUAGCAAACGGCGCACAGCCCAUGAUCCUCAGCUGCGUCAGGUUGUGUUGGUUUGCUGCCUCUUGUUCGUGAUAUUGGAGCUGGCUUGCGGUCACUUCGACGACGCCACCAUACAUCUGCAAAGCGGUCUCGCCAUUUUGAAGGAGAUGAAGGUCCAACGCAAGGUAGUGGGUGGAUCAGGGGGCUCUGUCGAGAACAGUCUGCUCGAGGCCUUUCUGCAGCUCGAGUCCCAGGCCACGCACUUUGGCGCCGUACAGCCGCCUCUCUAUAUUGACCACGAGCUCGUCCAUGAGCAGCGAUACGAAGCAUACUUGUAUGAGUUUCGCAGUCUUCAGGACGUCUGGCAAGCGUUCAACCCUCUUGCCAACACCACCUACCCCUUUUUAGAGGAGUGCUCUGCCAAAUCAGACGCCGAAAUUGCAGCCAACUAUGGGUAUUUCCAUGCCAAGCAACAGCGACUCCUGUCGUGCCUCCAUCAAUUCGACUCGCAUCUAUCCCAGUACCUACAGAGCUUCUAUCAUCGACUUACUCGCAAAGAGCAGCGGGGUGCGGGUAUAAUCCAACUGUUUCACCGGACAGCAGUGCUAACGGUCAAGACAUGCCUGUAUGCAAGGAGCCGCCCAAAGCCAGCUUCCGUUGUUGCUGAAUACAAGGACCUGCUAUCCAAGGCAUUGGUGAUCAUCGACAAGUUCCCAGAGCGUCCAUUCAUGACGGUUGAUAGUAGCAUAAACCCGACACUGUACGCUAUAGCCGCGCGGUGUCCCGACUAUGCAGUUCGUUUGCGAGCAAUCGAUGCUCUUCGAAGAUGGCCACACUCGGAGGGAUAUCUGCAUUCGACUGUCAUAGCUGACUUUGUUGUCGAAAAUAUGAAACUCGGACUGCGCGAGCUAUGGCAGAAGGUGCAGUCCGACGACUCUGCUCUCCCUCCCGGGGUGCUCUUUGAAACGCGCGGUAAAGGCCACCCGAUUGCACAUAUAAGCGAUAUCAGUGGCAAUUACCGCUGGAUUCUUCCCCUCGAUCCUGACCCAAAUGUAGCUGAGGCGCUGCUGUCCAUUCGGUCUGUUCGAGAUUGGACCUGCAUUCGCGCAUCUGGCAUGUUUCUUCCCAAAUCAACUGCAGAUGGCCAACCCUCUUCAUCAACUUGA